CCCGAGCUGAUAUAGAUGGUACAGCCCAUGUGCGGUCAUGUAACAGCAGCACGAUCCGGGAAGUAGCUGCUGUCCUCUCUGGAGAUGUGGGCAGCAAUGCUGUGGUGUCUGCUGCUGGCGUUGUCCGGGCUCAGCCUGGCCCAGGACCUGCCCCCGUACACAGAAGAUUGCAGAAGUGGAACCUACCCUCCCAGUGGACCUACGUUCCGAGGAGAUGUCUCAUGGUACACAGUGAAUCUGGACCAACCACCGAGUGAUCGAUGGAGGAAGAUAAUAAGUGAUAGGAAACAGCCACUAACGGCAAUGAUGCAACAUAUUAAGGACCUGACGAAAUAUAUCUUUCAUAGUGAGAAACUUAUCGACUUGGUGGAUACGAAGCUGCCAGCUCUUGUUGGAAAGCUUCCACCGCCAUUUGAUGAAGAAAUUAAAGGAAUUGCAGAUGAAUCUGGAUUGCCAUUAGGAGAAGUCAUGUUAUUCAAUAUCUUCUAUGAAAUCUUCACCGUGUGCACGUCUGUCGUGGCAGAGGAUACAUCUGGCAAGUUAUUACAUGCCAGAAACAUGGACUUCGGGUUAUUGCUUGGAUGGGAUGUGAAGAAUAAUACAUGGGAGAUCUCUGAGCUGCUCAAACCUUUGGUUGUCAAUGUAAACUUCCAACAAAACAAUAAGACCGUUUUUGUGUCUACGGGCUUUGCUGGAUAUGUUGGAAUGGUAACUGGAAUGAAACCAGGAAUACUGACUCUCACCAUGAACGAGCGAUUCAGUCUUGAUGGUGGCUAUAUUGGUGUCCUUGAAUGGAUCCUGGGAAUAAGGCAAGGGGCUUGGAUGAGCUUUCUCACCAGAAGCGUGCUGGAGAAUGCUACAAGUUAUGAGGAAGCCAAAACCCUUUUGUCAAAAACAGUAUUGCUAGCUCCUGCUUACUUCAUACUGGGUGGCAACCGAUCCGGGGAAGGCUGUGUGAUCACACGCUCCAGACAGUCCUGCCUUGACAUUUGGGAGCUCGAUAUUCAGAAAGGGAAGUGGUAUGUCCUUGAAACAAACUAUGACCACUGGAAGUCGCCCUUACCCAUUGAUAACAGAAGGGAUCCAGCAAUGAAGUGCAUGAAUAGGACUACCCAGAAGAAUAUUUCAAUUGCCACAAUCUAUGAUAUGCUGUCAACAAAACCUGUCCUGAACAAGCUUACGACAUAUACAACAGUGAUGUCUGUAUCUGAGAACAAGCUUGAAGGCUACCUCCGGGACUGCCCAGACCCCUGCAUGCCUUGGUGAGGCGAACCCAUACAAAGGAACCAGGCACCCUAAGGCCUUUGUGCUAUAUACAGAGGGUCAGAAGAAAUACGACACGCUGCCUUCUAAACUGGCCAGAGUAACGCUCAAUACUAAACCGCUGCUAUUGUAAUUCUCUUUGAAGCCAAAUGCAAUAGGAGGGAUUUUUAAUUAUUCAGAUCCUGUCAUAGUUUUUUAAUCUACAGUACAUUGGACCUACUGAUUAAUUUUAUUCAUAGAGUCAAGCUUGGUCACCUACAGCAAUGUUGACCUUCCAUAGUUCAGACCUUUGUGUCAGGGAAGACUAGUGAAGUGAUGUCACUCUCUGAGUACGGUUUUGGCAUUUGUGCCCAUUUCCCCUCUUUAUAAUCCUGUCUGUAUAAUCCUGAAGUAUAUAUAAGUAUCAAAAUCUCAGAAAAGCCCUUGAAGGGCUGUGGAGUUUGUGGGGCAAAGUUGGAGAUUAGAGAAUUUUCCCAGAAUUUGUUUCUGGUCUGAUUUUGAUUCCAUUUGAAUAAAUUUGGUUUGACUCAAAAGUACCCCUAUUCCUCUGAAAAGUCAUGUACACUCUGGAUAACUGUAUCCAAUAAUCCAACCCCUUUCAAUCUGUUUAACGCUGGACACAACAUUAGUAAUGUCAAAAUGACAUAUAUGCCUCUGGGUAAACUGAUCAGUAACACGUAGCUUGUCUAAGGACACACUGCGUAUGUCUCGGAGGGCAUGAGCCCUUAUAGUGACUCCUGAUUGACUACCUGCAAGGCACUAUGCUGUGGCCCAUCCGGCCAACGCCCAAGGUCCUGUGAUCCUCCUUCUCUGUCUUUUGAUCUGUAAAAUGGUGGACGUCAUUUUGAGAGAUUCAUACGGGACCAAUCCCAAAAGUUUAAGGUUUGAUGAAAUGUGAAACUUUUGGGAAAUUUUUAACACAUCAAAUUCGUGCUGAAUUGAUUUGCUAAGAUCCAGUCAGAUUUAAAUAAAGCGACGACACUAACCAUUACCUUUUGGCCCAUGUUCACAAAUGACUGUAGUCAGACAAUCACAUAGCAUUAAAGGAUUGGUAAGGCAUGACACAAAUGACCUCUUCUUGUCGGUUUUAUGGCAUUUCCCCAUAAGGUAGGUAAUCUGCAUGUAAUCACCAGGGUUCCAGGAACUACUACUGUACUAAUAGAAAAAAUAUUACUGCUGAAAGUCCUGGUAAUAGUACACACUGUUCAUUUUUAGUGCAUAGCGAUGUGCCUUCCUGCCCCAGCACUGCUUGUGUGUGAACCUGACCUUAUAAUAUCCCACUUUUUCAUGUUUUAUUUCCCUGUUGUGUGCUCCAUGAUACAUUGGGUGUUGGGGAGAUGCAGCUGUUUCACAAUGUUGGGGUGCAUUCACACAAGCGUGACUGCUGUGCCUGUGUUUUGCCGUGCUGGCAUUGUGGUGCGGACCCAAUGACUUCAAUUAGUCCAUGAUCUGCAAGAUGCAGCAAAAGAUAGGAUAUGUCCUAUCUCUUGCAGCAGAGACACAGACCUGGAAGCACACAGAAACACAAGAAGGCCCUUACGUUUGCUUUGGUUCCAUGCCUCCACGCCACAAAAGAUAGGACAUGUCCUAUCUUUUGCCACAUCUUGUGGAUUGCGGACUCCUUGAAGUCAGUGGGUCCACAAUGCGAUGUGAGGUGCACGCGGCCGGUGCCUGUGUCUUGCGGAUCCACAGUUAUCGGUCCGCAACACAGGCGCGCCCAUCACAUGUUGAACGCACUUUUUGCGAGUCUCUGGCCAUAAUUAUCUAGACAGUCUUCCUGACACGCGCAUAGGUAAAAUGUCAGUCCUGUUCAACGCUGUCAAGGCUGGGGCUACACAGGUUCUUGUAACAGCAUCUUGCAACAAAGUCUAGGCCUGGUUAAAGGUGAUCUCUAGGAAUUUUUUAAAACUGCUGCAAGCUAGAAUGUGAAUAGGGUGGGUUAUGUCCACUUGCACUGCACUUGAUGUUGCACUACACACUGCUUUUACUUUACAUUGCAGAGCUUUCCAGGAUCGAAUUAUUACAGUAGAUCAGGAACCCUGCUCUGCAAUAGAUAGUCACAAAGACGUCCUGUGUGUGAUAUGCCGACAUGGCUGAGCAGCCUGAACGUUUCUAAGAAGAAUAUUAGAAGAUCAGAAUUCCUGCUCUACAAUAGCAAUGAUGCGAUCCUGCGAUGUAAAGUGAAGCUAGUGUGUAGAGUGGCCCUACCCACAUCACUCUGUCCUAGUCACAUUGUAGGAUGGUUUGCUUGCGGAGAUUUUAAAUAACUUCUGGGGAACCCCCUUUAAUUAAAUCUUGCCACUUGUCUGUACUUUUAGGUUUGUUUUAUACAAUGUGUGACAGAUUCAUUUCCUGAGCCGACCGCUGUUUGUUUGACUACAGUAAAGCCGCGGUCAGGCAGGAACCCACGGCAUCGUCAAUCACUAUAAUCCAGUCCAGGAAAUGCAGCAGUCACACAAACUGUGUUUCUUGGACUGAACAUGUCUGUGAAACUGUCUAAUUUCCAUAAAAUUCUGUUGCUUGACAGUAACAAGAAAGUGCCAUUAACUAGUUGUUACUCUGUGAUAGGAAAGCGAUGCAAUCUUUACAUAUACAGGUAAAUCUUAAAUUGUAAGGAAUGGGGACAUAUACAUAAAGCUAUUGCUAGCUCGUAUCUUCUUUCUCGUCACCAUUAAUUGUUCUCAUCUCAUGUGCAGUUUUUAUAACCUAUAUUAUAUUUUAUUGUGACUCAAAUCUGCUUCUUUCUUUUGAUAAAUUGAAAUACAACGGUA